UGAAGGAAUGUAACGCCCCCAAACAACAUGUUGCCAGCCCUAGUGCGCAAGCGCGGCGGUGGACACCCUUCAUCCUCAGCUUGACAGAGCCUGCCAGUCUCCCAAGACGCCGCUGGGUCACGGUGCGCGGCUCAUCACACUCCUCUCAUACUCGUCUCGUCUCACAAAAAUGAAUUGGAAGGGUUGGCUGGUGCUGCCCGUCCUCUUCCUCCCAGGGGUGCCGGGUAAGGUGAUAUUUGGAACAGUACCCUCUCUGUGUGUGACGCCUCCGUCAGGGUACACAGGAAAGACAAUAAACGGAAAAACCACGUUCUGGUCGUGUCCUAACCCAGAGACCAGUAUUUGGAACACCGGAGACCGUCUUCUUCCCAGCAACUGUUCCGACCCGACCCUGCUAGAGAGCAACGUGACCUGUGUAACAAAUACCGUUCCUACGUGCUCGGAUAAGCCGCCGACUCCCGACAACGCAAUCAUGAAGGAGGGGUUCAAUGCCUCCACCGGGGACACCUUUGGUGUCAUUUUCGUGUGUAAGCCUCUCAUGCAAUGGCUCUCAGGCGAGGUGGCCCAGGCAUCGCAAUGUAUCAACGGUAACUGGACCAGUAUCAGGGACGUGUGCGACCAGGCGUGUGCGACUCCUCGCGAUUGCUCUGAACUUGCCGAACUCGGCUUCAACGCCUCUGGUCUCUACAAUGUUGUACCUUCAGGAAACGUAAAGGACCCGCAAGUGCAGGUAUGGUGCGACAUGUCCGAGGACCCGGCCGAUAGCGGCUGGACGCAGGUGCUUGGGCUCUCUGUACCGCUGACGCCACCCCUCGCCUUCAGCUUAACUGGAGCGACGGGCCAGCCCAAUAAUGGCAGCUUUUACUUCAUAGGUUUCGACACCUGGGCCAAUCUCAACUGGGACGUGAACGGAACUGUUACCACUGCUCGCCCUCUCGUUGUUCAGGUGGAGCUGUUGAUGAAGGACGGGUCCAGCAGGUUCGCCAUCUACGACAGUGUAGUGAUGGAUAGUGUAGCCAACUUCGUGCUCCAGAGCGUGGGCAACUACCAGGGCAACGUUGGAGAGAUUCUGAGCGCCAGUCUUGGGCAGGGGGUUGGCACCAGCUCCCUUCUGUGGUCCUGCUCCCUUGGUAGUUCCUGCGUAACCAUGUGGUGGGACAGCAUUACGUGGGGCACCUUAUCGUUCGUCCAAGCCAUCGUCACCGUCCGCCCCAAGACUUUCGACCAGGGUGUUGCUUGCCCGGCAGUGAUGGCCUUCGACCCCUCGUGGCCACGGACGACGGUGACCGAACUCGCUCUCAGCCGCGCCAUCGGGGCCACUGUCAACUACACCUGCCUGGACGGUCUGUCGGAGGGCAACGCCACCGUCGGGGUGACCACCAGCGGAAGUGUCGAGUGCAUGUCUGAUGCCAAGGGCUUCUACUGGAGUAGGGUGCCAAUGCUGCCCUGUACGCUGAUAUGUCCUGCCGGAUACAUCGAGGUGAAGGGCGCCUGCUUCAUGUUCUCCUCUCAGAUCCCCCAGUACGGCAUCGUCAGCGCCUCGCUCGAGUAA